AUGUCUACUUCUGCUGCUACUUCUGCUACAUUACCUCUUCAUAUGUAUGUCAGACCAUUGAUCAUCGAAGAUGCUCAACAAGUCACAGAUUUAGAAGCUGAAUGUUUCCCUCCAAAUGAAAGAGCCUCUGAAGAAACCAUCAGAUUUAGAUUGACUACAUGCCCUGAGUUAUGUUCAGGUUUAUUCAUCAGAGAAUUUGAUCAGAAAACAAAAGAAAUACUUAGUGAAAAAUUAAUCGGCCAUAUUCUAUCAACGAAGAUUCCAUCAAAAUUUAUCACUUUAGAGAGUUUAAAAUUAAUUCAUGAUGAAUCAAGUGAUGUCAUUGGUCUUCACUCAUUGGUCAUCCAUCCAGAUUUCCAAAAACAAAACUUGGCAACACUACUACUCACCGACUACAUCCAAAAAUUGAGCAACCAAGAAAUUGGUAAUAAAAUUGUCAUUAUUGCCCAUGAACCACUGGUACCAUUUUAUGAAAGGUUGGGAUUCAAAGUUCAAGGUGAUAAUAAAGAUGUCUUGAGUGAUCCUGAUUUUGCAAAGAGCAAAUGGAUCGAUAUGGAAAGAGAAUUAAUCAAAGAAGAAUACGAAAAUUAA